UCACCCCUUCGAGGAAAGCAGUGCCGCUUCUCUGCCUCCGAAGGAUGGUGGGCAGGGUCGCAAGUUUCUGCUUGUGCCCGCUCCGGCCGGGAAAAUGGGUCGGCGGCCCCGGGCUCUGCUCCUUUGCUUUGAUAAGAACUACAGGCGAGGUUACGUGUGUCGGCUGCUUUCCUGACUCUCAGGCACGACCACCAGGAGGUCGGAAUACAUCCGUGAAGCAAAAUGAGCGCAUUUCCUCUCCGUCCCCUGUGCCCUCAGCACAAAACCAUCUGGGAAGCUAAUGGGGGAGCCGGGAGGGAGCUCAGAGAGCAAACCGCAGCCUGCCGGCGGACGGCCCGGCUCCUAGGGCUGGCGGGGGUGGUUUGAAGGAGGAGAGAAAGAAACAAAAAGCACCCAAAGAGAAGAGGAAACCCGGUCCGGCCAGGCUGGGCGGACUCGCCCGCACCUCGCCCAGCGGAGCCACCGCCCCGCCAGGGAGCCCCCGCCGCCCCGCCAGGGAGCCCCCGCCGCCCCGGGAGCCCCCGCCGCCCCGCCAGGGAGCCCCCGCCGCCCCGGGAGCCCCCGCCGCCCCGCCAGGGAGCCCCCGCCGCCCCGCCACGACCCUGCCGCCCCGCGCGGAGCCCCGCAGGGAGCGGCGGCCCCGGCCCGACUUCCUGGCUGUGCUUCAGUGGUGGGUGACUGAAUAUAGUCUUCUCUGCAUCACAGUGAUAGUAGUAAUGUGAAGUUUAAUGAGCACCUGUAAAGUCGUGUAGCAGGAGCUGGCUUAGCUGGCAGUAUCCAUCACACCAUGGUGCUGUAUAACCCGCAGGCCCCAACAAACGUGUUGUUGACCUGGGAGGAAACUUCACUCACUUCUGGUCUGAAAUUCUUCACCAAAAUGUGACUCCUCCCCUGCCCACCCCAGAAAAUACCUCAGUGAAAAUGGUCGCAAGAACAAGACAAGUUUGACUGAAGUCCUGCCAAAACCAAUUCCUCAAGUCCUGUGAAAGCCUGGGUCAAACGUGCAGAGCAGAGUGAGCAUUGACCUGAAAGCAGCCAAGUGAUGAGGGCAGCAACUUCGGGGGCUGGGAAGGAGACCAAAGCUUAGAUUACUGUUAAUGCCUCCUGAACUUUGAGGAGAGCCUUCAACAGAAGUUUCUGUCACUCCAAGGAAGGAACUGCCAUGCCCGUGGGAAUCUUCCGGGUGUGCCUAGUGGUGAUUACAGCUAUUGUCAACCACCCGCUCCUCUUCCCUAAAGAGAAUGGCACUGUCCCCGAGAACACGGAAGAAAUCAUCCAGAAGAUGAAGGAGCGGGAGGAGAGCCUUCGGCUGGAGCAGUUGCGUUUGGAGCAGGAAAUCGCAGACCAGGAAGCCACACAAAAGGCUCUGGAAAAGGCUGCAGAGGUAGUGGAGGAAAGCAAAGAGGAAAAGGUCCGAUGGGAUAUGUGGACUGCCCUUUCCAUGGUCAUCUUCCUGCUGAUCGAGCUCUGGAGGCAGGAUUUCCAGGAAGGGAAUUGGCAGGACACAGGAGGAGAAGAGGAUGACAUGGCUGUCCUUGGGAAAGCAUUUAAAGGAGUGGCCUUCCCUGACAAGGCUGUCUUGGCCAGCUUCUAUGAGAAACGCAUCCUAGGUACUACCGGAGACAUGGCCAGGAUGCGGGAGAUGGUGGAAGGCUUUGCAGAUGACCUGCUGGAGGCCUUGAGGAGUGUUUGUAACCGGGAUGCUGACAUGGAAGUGGAGGACUGCAUGGGUGUGGGGAGCAUGUAUGAGAAUUGGAGAGUGCGUAAACCUUUUGUCUGUGAUCUGAUAGUGCCUUUUGCCCCCCCCGAGCCAUACCGUUUCCAGUCCCAGACCUGGUGCUCUGGUGACUCUUUUCCCCCAGACGAACAAGGUUAUGGCACUAUCAAAGUAUGCAGGGCAGAUGAACAUGGGACAGGUUGCAUCUGUGACAAGACUAAACUAGGGGAAGAUAUGCUGUGCCUCCUCCAUAGCCAAGCCAAUACUACCAGGCCAAGCAGUGAGAUGGAAGACCUCCUGUGCUUCAAAAAUACUCAAUAUCUGGAUGCUGACCAAGUCAUGAAGUGGUUCCAGAUUGCGGUCACCAAGGCCUGGAACAGAAUCUCCCACAAGUACGAAUUUGACCUCUCCUUCAGCCUCCUGGACUCACCAGGAGCUCUGAAGAUAAAAUUUAGGUCAGGGAAAUCAAUUGCCUUCAACCUCACCCCUGUGGUGCAGUACGAGAACUCUGACGUUUACUUCAUCUCUCAUUUCCCUCAGAGCAGCUUGGCAGCAGACCUCCCCUCCAGCACUCACUGGUUUCUCACCUUCGCAGUGUAUGAGAGGAGGUUCAUCCAUCUGGUCUCCAAAACGCUGCCCGCUAAUGCCUGCCAUGUCAGCUGCCUUCAGAUCCUCUCCUUCCUCCAUGGGAAGCAGUGCAGUCUCACAGGUCCGAGCGGGCUCACCAACUACCACCUGAAGACAGUGAUGCUGCAUCUCCUGCAGGCACGUCCCAGUCAGGACUGGGCCCCAGAGAAGUUGGAGGCCCGUCUACAAGACAUGCUUAAAUUCCUGGAGAAAUGUUUGCAUGAGAAGAAGCUCUGCCACUUCUUCAUUGGCAAUGGGAAGGUACCAGCAGAGCUGGGCUUCCCCGUCAUAUUCCAGAGGGCUGAGCCUCUCAACCUUUUCCGUCCUUUUGUGCUACGCAGGGAUGUUUACAGGAAGACAGUGGACACGUUCCACGAGAUGCUCAGGAACAUGUCUGCGCUGAUAAAAGAGUACACAGUGCACAUUCCCAUUGCACACACCAAUGGGAUCCAUAAGGAAUCCCUUUAACAAAAGCCAGCAGGAAAACACUUGUUCCUCUAAGCACAAGUCCAGAGGACAGCUUUCUGAAGCCUCCUGGAGACAGUGGACUUUGCCAGUACAGCUUCUUGUCUGCAGGUGAACCAGUCUUGGGCCGUGGUUUCUGCAGUAAGGGAGAGGGGAUGGGGGGAGGAUAGGAAAAACUGGAAGACAUGGUAUAAAAGUAAGUUUCCACUCCGCUGGUAUGCUGGCUAGGUUUUAUGCAGCUAAGAAUGUAUUUUUCUAUUGUGCCUCAGUCACGCUACAGUGGUGGUGAGCAACAAAUAUGACUAAUUUAUUCAGAUGCCUGCAAUGCAAAUGGUGGUGGUGGCCAAAUACUUCAUUUCCUUUGGAAGGGGGAGAUAAGGAAGGGGUGGAGGAAUCAGAGGCAGGAUCUUGGGAUUACAAGAGCCUGUCUGCUUGCAGACAGCAGGAGCUCUGCAACCAACGGGAAGUACAACAUAAGACUCGGUGCUGAGCUGGGGAGGAGGGUCAUGCACAAGAUCCAGACUGGAUGGAGAUCCUCAAGUCAACCACAGCUCUUGAAUCAAAAGGUAACUGUAGUUAUAAAAAAAGCCUUCUUGACAGGACUUGCAGCAGUAGUUUAAAUGGAUUGUCCUGUCCUUCAGAAACACCCCUGCACAUUUAUUCUCCCUGGGGAGGAUGGAGCAGAGCAGGCAGCAGAGACUGUGUCUUCAGACCAUUUCAUUCGAGUCUUCCAUUUUCUUCAUGGUAACAUGGCUAGUGGUUUAUAUUCCUGGCCAUUUUCCAUGGAUAAAUGGACAGGAACCUUUUUACCUUAAAUAAAAGAGAGAAACACGAUUAUUAGGUUCUGGCCGUUUGGUUUGUUUGUUUGUUUUCCUUACCUCGGGGCAGCAAGGCUGAGAACAGCCGAAAGAGGAAGGACUGCUACAGGUUUUGCUUUCAUAAAAACAGUUCUCCAGAAUUAUCCUGUAAUGAAGCUAAUCUCAGCAGUCUGGUAGCAGGAGGGAACAAUCACCCUUCAAAUGAAAGUGUGACUGUUCAAGCAUGGUUUUAACGAGGCUGAGGCCAGCAGGAUGUCUCUGAGUUAGGAGGAGGGAAUGCAAGAGGUGCUCAUGUACCAGAGCUUGGCAGCGCUAUCUCUGCAGCUGCCUGUGGUCUGUGUCACAUGCCUUCUGCUCCCAGACACCCAGGCAAAAGCUACCUGUUUGCCUCCAUAUGAGGCCUCCUCAAUCCUUUUUAAGACUGCUGCUCUGAUGAGGCUCUGAGGAGCUGUGGGUAGCAGAAUGUAAUUUGCUGAGACAGGAGUGCGAUAGGAAAAUGACAGCUUCUGCAGGCUUUCAGGCCAGGGGAGAAUCUUGAGGCAUGUGCUGAAAAACCCAGUGCAGAAAUGGAGACGCCUGAACUCUCUCAGGAAGCAGUAUGUCAGUGCCAUGCCAGUGGGCUGCCCAGCACUGGUGAGGGGGCUUUGCUGGAGGAGAGGGCUCAGUAGCAUCUCACCCUCCUUCAUGUGCUUUGUGCAGGAUCCAAGCCAGGGCCUCAGCGCGGAUCUGCUUUGUGCUGGUCCCGGAGGCCUGGCCUCCAGUGCGAAGGGCCUUUCCCAACCAUUUUCUUACACUAGGAUUCCCUGCAAUAUUUUACACUAGGGCUUCUCUGAAUCCUGUUUGCAAAAGGGUGGUUGUUCUGGAUGGUGAGACCCAUCAGGGAUGAUAUUACCAUGACUCCACAGGUCCCUUUUUAUCAAACCUCUCCUACACAUGCAUCAGAGAGAAGAUUUAAUCCUGUAUCACUACUAAGUACAGCGUGCAGCAUGAGGUUUAUUAUCUAGCCUGUUGAUAAGCAAACUCUCCAUAAAGAUGUCCUCUCCUCCCUUUUCCUACACCAGUGAGGGAUAUUUCAUGCAGAAAGGCAGAAAAAGCUGUAACUCCCAUUUCCACACCUGGUU